GCGUCGCGCCACCAUUUGGGCAGUCGCGCUCAUCUCAGGACCAUUCCUGAGCUCGAAUCGCCAGCGGGUAACCCGGAGACGUCGACUGCCAGGCCCAGUACUGCGAACAACGGUACAACGUUCCACCAAAAAGGGCCUUUCCUGAGAGCAGAUUCAGCGUAACCGUCACACUCUGCAGGGCUACCGCAUUGGGUACCGCGAGUCCCUUCGCAUAUUCUGGUAUGGCUAUCCCAAUUAGCAUCGUACAGGAUUGUACAGGAUUGUACGAGCUAACAACGCAUGAUGUUGUACGGGUUUGGAACAGCAAUACAGAAGCAUGUCUUCUUCGCAGAGGGACCUCCGACCCCGAAAGACACAGCCGACUUCUGAGGCGCUUUCCAAGUGUCAAGCGAACCAGGCAUGCACGACCGAAGCAACCUGCGAAGAGCAAGUCAAGUCACUGCCACUCGAACUGAUAUCCCUCAUUCUCGAGAACCUCGACUCUCCGCGCACGCUCGCUGCCGCGAGUCGUGCCUGCCGUGCUGUUCAAUUCGAGGCCGAGCGUCUAUUGUACCGAGAAGUCCAUAUGGAACGCAUUCGGCACGUUCGCAGUUUGCAUCAGGCUCUCACCAAGUCAUCCAGACGGGCAUUCUUCGUAAAUGCAUUACGGGUUGAAAUGACUAGAGGCCUCAGUCCAGUGUUUCCGCUGGUGAACGACAUACUCCCUUUGCUCACGAACCUCGCGCACCUGGAAAUCAAACGAUAUGACUAUGGCAUUUACAAGAUCGUGCUGCGUACACUCGCAAAGUGCACAUUUAGACUCAGGUCACUCGAAAGCUGGACAGUCAAGGAUAGCGACUUCGUCCAAUUCCUCCGACAGCAGACUGGUCUAGAAUCACUCAGCCUACACAGGCACGACUCAUUUGACUGGGAGAUAUCACAAGAAGCCCUCCCACACCUCAAAUACGUGCAGACAUCUCAAAGGUUAUUCGUGCAGCACAUACGAGGCCCUCACGCGAUCACACACCUCGAUCUCUCCAUGUGCGAGUUGAGCGGCCAGACGUUCGCUGAGACCUUUCGAGCUGUGCGGCACCGGCUGGUCAGUGUCAAGUGCACACGGCAUGGUGAAAGGCGACUUCGAAGACCAUUCUGGUCUGUCAUAUCGCACGUACUCGGUUGCGGGCCCAUGCCCCACCUUAAGUAUCUCGAGGUGAUGGACCAUCGAUCUAGUGAUUCCAGCUUCCGGCCAUUCAUGGACGGUCGUUGGCGUCUGCGUGGGUCGGCCAUCGCGUUGGAAACAUUUGUUUGGUCUUCAAUGUACUGCCGCGAAGACUUCGACAAUGCUCCCCACACUGUACGCGGCCGGCGGGCCUAUCUCCGUCUUUGGGCCACGGAAUUCCUGAAAAAGAACAGCGCUGUGGAGCGUUUCUUCCAUGUCGAUCGAACGCCGACCAAUGUGCUCUGCGCGACGCUGUUCACGCUGUCGUCGGACAACAGGCUCGUGGAGGAGAUGAAAGACGUGAGGGAUGUACCUGUCUGGACUGAUAACUGAAUAGAUGUAUCGUGGGUGGGUCGGGGGCGCGUAGCGCAUUGGUGUGUAGGGCAGUCUGAAGUCAUUACGUCGCUUCGCAGUCCACUUAAUUGAACCAGACCAGAA